CGCCUCCUCCCGGGGGCGGGGCGAGCUGCGUUGGGGGCGGUAAAGACAUGGCGGCGCCCAGCGCGAAAGCGGAAGUCAGUCGGAGCGCGUGAGGGGGGCGGACGCUAGCAGCCGGGGCUCGCGCGCAGAACAGCCAUUCUAUCCUAAAACAUGCAGUCUGCUUGGCAGAGAUUUGGAGUUUGUUCCUCAUGUCUGAAAAGGCAGCUAAAUGACUUAAUUAAAUGGCAAAGGAGAUUGAUUCCAGGAUGGAUCAGAUCUAUUUACAGUGAGACCGGGAAGUGGGAAAGAGACUAUGGAUUGGAAACAAGAAAGAAAGUUGAGAAGUGGUGGCUUCCAAGAAUGAAGGAACAGUUUUGCAAAACUUCAGAAACAGAUAAAUCAAGACAAAAGUUUUAUGUGCUUUCAAUGUUCCCAUACCCUUCUGGAAAGCUGCACAUGGGCCAUGUUCGUGUCUAUACCAUCAGUGACACAAUAGCACGGUUCCAGAAAAUGAGAGGGAUGCAGGUGAUAAAUCCAAUGGGAUGGGAUGCAUUUGGGUUACCUGCAGAAAAUGCUGCAAUUGAACAUGGGCUGCACCCAGCAAACUGGACACAAAGUAAUAUUAAACACAUGAGGGAGCAGCUUGAUGCACUAGGUCUGUCUUUUAGCUGGGAACAGGAAAUAACCACUUGUUUGCCAGAGUACUAUAAAUGGACACAGUACCUCUUUAUUAAGUUAUUUGAAGCUGGAUUAGCCUAUCAAAAGGAGGCCAUGGUUAAUUGGGACCCAGUGGAUCAGACUGUUCUAGCAAAUGAACAGGUGGAUGAAAAUGGCUGUUCAUGGCGUUCAGGAGCAAAAGUGGAACAGAAGUACCUCAGACAGUGGUUUAUCAAAACUACUGUUUAUGCAAAGGCCAUGCUUGAUUCUUUGUCAGAUCUCCCUGAGUGGUAUGGUAUAAAGGAAAUGCAAGCAAACUGGAUAGGUGAUUGUGUUGGAUGUUAUCUUGACUUCGUGUUAAAGGUUAAUGGCAAAGAAACAGGAGAGAAGCUAGCUGCCUAUACCUAUACACCUGAAGCCAUUUAUGGAGCUUCCCACUUAUAUGUUUUACCUGAUCAUAGACUACUGCAUGGAAAUAGUAGUCUGAAGGAAGUGUUGCAGAGUGAGUUCAUCCCAGGCAAAGACUGUCUUACGUCAGUGACAGCAGUUAACUUACUUACCAAACAGGAGGUUCCUAUAGUCAUCUCUGCAAAAUCAGCUUUUGAGAACUAUAUUGAUACUAAAAUAGGAAUUCCUAGUACUAAUCCAGAAGAUGCUGCUGUUGCUCAGAAUCUGGGUCUCUCUUUCUCUGAAGUCAUUGAAACACUACCAGAUGGUUUGGAGACCCUUGUCAACUCUGGAGAGUUCACAGGCAUGACUAGGCAGGAAGCUUUAAAAGCCCUAACUCAGCAGGCCAAAAAUAAAGGAGUAGGUGGAAACCUAACAAGUGACAAGUUAAGAGAUUGGUUAAUAUCUCGACAGCGGUACUGGGGAACACCUAUUCCCAUAAUCCACUGCCAGACCUGUGGCACAGUCCCUGUGCCUUAUGAGGACUUACCUGUGGAGUUGCCCAAUAUAACCACCUUUACAGGAAAGGGAGCCUCCCCUCUAGAAACUGUCCCAGAGUGGAUAAACUGUUCAUGUCCAAGGUGCAAAGGACCUGCAAAGAGGGAAACAGACACCAUGGAUACAUUUGUUGAUUCAUCUUGGUAUUACCUGAGAUACACUGAUCCUCAUAACUCUGAUAGGCCUUUUAAUAAAGCCUUGGCCGACUACUGGAUGCCUGUGGAUUUGUACAUUGGGGGAAAGGAACAUGCAGUUAUGCAUUUAUACUAUGCUAGAUUCUUGAGCCAUUUUUGCUAUGAUCAAAAGAUGACCAAACACAAGGAGCCUUUUUAUAAACUCUUGGUUCAAGGUCUUAUCAAGAGUCAGACAUAUAAACUAACAACAACAAGCCAAUAUCUGAAGAGAGAGGAAAUUGAUCUCACUGGGACUGAACCAGUUCACAUAAAAACCAAAGAGAAACUUCAGGUUACAUGGGAAAAAAUGAGUAAAUCCAAGCAUAAUGGGAUAGAUCCUGAGGAAUUAGUAGAGCAGUAUGGCAUAGACACUAUGCGACUGUACAUACUGUUUGCCGCGCCUCCAGAACAAGACAUCUUGUGGGAUGCAAAAACUGAUGCUGUCCCUGGUGUACGAAGAUGGCAGUCACGCCUUUGGACCCUAGCAACCAAAUUUAUAGAAGCCAGGACUUCCAGCACUGUGCCCAAUCCUCAGCUGUUGAACGAGAAGGAGAAGGCUGAAGCCAAAAAGAUCUGGGAGCAGAAGAACCUUGUGGUCUCUGAGGUAACAAGUUACUUCACAAAAGAUUACUUGUUUAAUGCUGCAAUCUCUCGACUGAUGGGCCUCACUAACUUACUCUCACAAGCCUCUCAACCUCUCAUUCUUCACAGUGCAGAAUUUGAAGAUGCUUUGGCUACUCUUUGUAUUAUGGUUGCACCUAUGGCCCCGCACAUAGCCUCAGAGCUAUGGAAAGGUUUGGCACAUGUGCAGAAUAAACUUUGUACGUAUCAUAAGUGGGAUGAUGAUGUGCUGCAUCAGUCCUGGCCCAAAGUGGACCCAGAAUACCUCCAGCAACCAGAUAUCAUAGAGAUGUCUGUUCUGAUCAAUAACAAAGCUUGUGGCAAAGUCAGUAUGCCUCGCCAAGUAGCCCGGAAUGCUGAGGAAGUCCAUGAACUAAUUCUUCAAAGUGAGCUGGGAAUCAAACACCUCCAGGGACGUCCUAUCAAAAAGGCCUUUCUGUCUCCAAGAACUGCCCUCAUCAACUUCCUAGUGCAAGAAUAAUGGGAAUAUGUGUUGUCUAAGGCUGCUAGCCUGUGUGUGGCUGAUGGAAUGCUUCAAAAUGAAGCCCAUUAAAAAUACCAAUUAUGCUUAUUUAAAUCUAUUUCACAAUGGAGAAAAAGGAAAAAUCUUUAUUGGCUAAAACUGUAUUGCUGCUGAUCCUUGUCAAGUCAGUCUUCAUUUAAACAUAAAGAAAAGCCAAGGUAUUGGGGUUUCCUAUUUGAUCAGUGAAGGAAGCUACUUCACCACAUUGUCAGGCUGAGCAAGGAUGCUACAGGAGGCAACAGUGUAAGGAAAAUCAGGCAAAAGAAAAAGAUAUUUGGGAGAAAUAUCUGAAACUGCAGUUAAGAGGGCAUUAGAGAUGGGCCCAACCUACAAUGUCUGCCCCAGUAUUCAAGUGUCCUAAAGUUCAUGGGUAUCUGGGCCAAUCUCUAGAAUGUAUCUUACUAGGAAAUUGACUUUGUUUCUAUCAGUGUUUUUGGUAAAUGUGAUUAAAGAUCCAAACUACUGUAGUGAGUACUUGCUCCACAACACGUUCAAAGAACCAUAAUAUGUCACCAAUCACCUCUGCUUCCUAGAUAGAGAUCACAUUUGGGUUUGCUAAUAUGAAAUAGCAUUAUUCCUUAUCCACAUUUUUGGUGCAAUUGAGUGUUUAUAGGAAUCAAUUAGCACUGGAUUGUGGGUAGGGUAGUGUAGGCCAGUGGUUCUCAACCAGGGGUCCAGAGCCCCGUAGGGGGCCUCAAACAGAUUUCAGGGGUUCCGCCAAGCAGGGCCAGUGUUAGACUCAAUGGGGCAUAGCACAGAAAGCUGAAGUCCCACUGCGUGGGGCUGAAGCCUGGGGCCCUGAGCCUCGUCACCAGGGGCUGAAGCCAAAGCCUGAGCAACUUAGUUUUGUGGGGGGGCCCUCUGGCAUGGGGCCGCAGGCAAAUGCCCUGCUUGCUCCCCCCUACCGCAGGCCCUGGUUUUUAUAAGCAGAAAACCAGUGGAGAACCCCUGGUGACGGCCAUCAGGAUAAAUGUUUCCUUACACAGCUCUGACAGUGCACUCCAGACAUGUUUGACAGACAAAUUAAGAAUAUAAAAAAAUACUUUUCAUACAUUCUGGUUUAAUCUGUGUCCUUUUUGCUUGCUUUCCAUCACCUUACAUUUAUCUUCUUCAGAUUUUACAAACUACAGAAAGUUUCUUCUGAAUAGAAUUUGUUUUCACCAGAUAGCACAUCUCCGAGCACGCCAGACGCAUUGUACAAAAGAAUUACGUAGAUACUAGUAAUGCAGGGCUGGUGCAGGCAAACAUAGCAUCCUUUCUUGGUUCAAGGUGAGCUCUCACAUGAGAACCCAAAUGGCAACUCUCUUGUUUUUUUCGGUGGAUUUCAUUAUGUGCAAAUAAACAAUUGUGUUCCUAGGGGAAUCUGAAGUCAAUGAGAUUGUUUCAUAAAAUACAGAGUAAUUCUCAUGCACCAGUGCAGCCAUUUUUUUGGUACAAUACGUCACUGUUAUAUGCACAAGGAAAUGUUUACACUGUUUAACAAAAGGAAGAGAGGGAAUUUGAAUCCUCAAGUCUGCACGGCAGUCAUUUGGAAUGGUUUUCUUAAAGAAAAUUACAGGGUUUACUGUACGAUGACCUUUGUUCUUUACAGGCAGUGAAUCAAGUGGCCUUUUAAACCAGCCACGCAGGGGGUAUCUUUGCAGCUAGGAAGCCAGCCAAAAAAAUCAGCUAGCCAUCUAAAAAGGUCUGUUAACCCUGGAGCCAACUCAUCAGACAGUCUGUCUCCUAAAUUGAAAAGAAACCAGAAAAAUCAUCCUGUUUAGUAGUCAUAAACAAGUUCGUUACCUAGUCAGUCACCCAAGCGACUAGAACCCAGAUAGAUCCAGUUAGAAUCCCACACUAGUUCCAACCUUAGCAAACGGGAUUCGGGUCUCUGAUUUUUUUAAUUCCAGAAACUAACUCUCCUAGUUCCCAGCCGCUUGCCCUGCCCACUGGACCAUACUGAUCUAUGCUUUCUUUUUCAACAGUCCUUUUCAACAGAGAAACACCAAGGGACUUUGGCACAGUUGGCAUAUUUACAAUGAAAAUCUGCUCUUUGUAAUGUAAUUCUUUAAAAAUCCUAGCCAUAAAGAAAUGUAUCUAGCCAGGCAAUCAAAGCUAGGCAUCAGCUGAAAAUUAAAACCAGUUUAAUUCUAGUGGCUGUCUGAUAUACACGUUGUUAUAAAUUCUUAAAACUCAGAUGCCCCUAUAAGGACUAAUAAAGAAGCCUUUUAAACUAU